UCUCAAGACCUGAACUGCGGCCUUUCGCCACAAUCAAACUGAUAUUCAGACCUCUCUCUCUUUCUCUCUUUCUCUCUCUCUCACACACAACACAGACAUGGCUUGCUCUGCUCAAUUCUUGCUUCUUCUGCUUCCUCUCAUUCUACUCAUUUCGAAAGCCACCUCCCUUCCCCACACUCCCACCUUGCCAAAAGCUGCAAUCUUUCCCGUUUCCAAAGAUCCCUCAACUCUUCAAUACGUAGCUCAUCUUUCCAUGGGAGAAAAUCUCGAUUCAGCCAAUCUCGUGCUUGACCUAAACGGCCCUUCUCUUUGGAUGGCCUCCGAGCUCAAAUCAGCUUCCCAGUCUCACCAGCCCUGCUCGCUCAAGUGCUCCAUGGCUAAGUCAAUUAAAGGCGGUGGAGCAGAGUACAACUCCAAAGGUUGUACCUUGCUGGCAGAGAAUUCAAUUUCAAGAACUUCCACAUCUGGAGAUCUGACUGAGGAUGUGUUAGCUAUGGAGUUCUGGGAUGGGAUUGGGCCUUCUUCAUUUGCCAAGACUGAGAAAUUCUUGUUUUUAUCCUCUCCAAACUUGCUGCUCAAGGGCUUGGCUCAUGGUGCUAGAGGCAUGCUAGGGUUGGGAGACUCAAGAAUCUCACUCCCAUCACAAUUCUCCACUACUUUUGGAUUCUUUGAGAGGAGAUUCUCAGUGUGUCUGUCCCCUCAAAAAGGUGCGGUCUUCCUCGGUGGGAGCCCCCAAAUCUCAAGCUCAAUGUUGUUCACACCUCUAAUCUCCAAGAAAGGUGAAGGCUUUUAUUACAUUGAUGUCAGUUCAAUCAAGGUUUCUGGCAAGAAACUCCCUUUGCUGCAAAAAGGGAUUCUUGGUGCCAAGAUUAGUACCAUUGCUCCUUACACUACAUUUGAGAGCAAGAUUUAUGCUGCAUUUGUUGAGUCCUAUGUUAGUGCUGCAAUCUCCAUGAAUCUGAGUUUAGUGCCACCCGUGGCUCCAUUUGAAGUGUGUUUUGGUUUAUCACAUAUGGAGAAUGUUCCGAUUGUUGAUCUUGUUCUGCAAAGUGAGUUGGUGAAGUGGAGGAUUCAUGGGGAGAAUUCAAUGGUGGUGGUGAAUGAUGAAGUGAUGUGUUUGGGAUUCUUGGAUGGUGGUCCGAAUCCUAGGGAGUCAAUUGUUGUUGGUGGCUAUCAGAUUGAGGAUCAUCUGCUUGAGUUCAACUUGGGAAACUCCAUGCUUGGAUUUGCUUCCUUGUUGAAGGGAGAGAAGAAGUGCUCUGAUUUUGAAGCAUCUUCUAUGGAUAGGGAGAUUUUUUGAUGCUUUGUUUAGGAGAGGGAACUCAUUUUUGGUUUAAUUCUCGAUUAGUAUAGUUGUGGGAUUGUAGUUCUAAUCUUGUGAGGUUUUCUAUUUUACAUUUAUAGGUUUCCUUCUUUUGUGUGAUGUAACAAGCAUUCUUGAUGUAGUAUGAUAACUACUACUCCAUUAAGAGUUGUGGAGUAGAUGAAAUUAUGUCUAUUAAUGGAUAGGGAGAUCUAGAAUUUUGUUAUA